GGCGGAGUUCGAGCCGGCGGCGGCGGCCGGGGUGCGAUGCCGUGUUAGCCGGCAGCCCGCCCCGAGGCAGCACCGGCGGGAAGGAGCGCGAGUUGCCGGGGCUGUGGCUGACACCAUGGGCACCGGGCGAGGGGGCGAAGCGGCCGGGCUCCCUGCGCUCCUCGGCUGAGCCCGGGGAUGUGCCGGCGCCCGGAGGAAUUAUUUUGGAACUAGCACGGAGCGGUGGGAGGAGGACGAGCGGCACAGCGUUUCAGCAGCUGCGAGGAGGUUGUCCGGCGGUGCUGUAUAGGCAAACAAAUAUCACUUGCUGUGUCAUAGCACAUGGAUUUCAGGACUGCCUGUGAAGAGACAAAGACAGGGGUUUGUUUGCUGCAGGAUGGUAACCAGGAGCCUUUCAAAGUGCGACUGCACUUAGCCAAAGAUAUUUUGAUGAUCCAGGAGCAGGAUGUGAUCUGUGUGUCUGGUGAGCCUUUCUAUUCUGGUGAAAGAACAGUAACAAUUAGAAGACAGACUGUAGGAGGAUUUGGAUUAAGUAUAAAGGGUGGGGCAGAACAUAAUAUUCCAGUGGUCAUUUCCAAGAUUUCCAAAGAACAAAGAGCUGAACUUUCAGGUUUGCUCUUUAUAGGAGAUGCAAUUCUACAGAUUAAUGGAAUUAAUGUGAGAAAAUGCAGGCAUGAAGAAGUGUUUGUUCGGUGGAGGAGGAAGAGGAAAGGAGAAUGGACUCUAUAUAAUUUUUCAAUAGUAUCCAGUGUUGGCCUGUUCCAGCCAGAUACAAGGAGGUUUCCAGAUGGCCAACCCCAUACUUCUCAACCACUAGUAUGGUACAGUAUGGUACAGGUCCUUCGCAACGCAGGGGAAGAAGUGACCCUAACUGUGUCCUUUCUGAAAAGAGCACCUGCUUUUCUCAAACUGCCACUGAAUGAAGAUUGUGCAUGUGCCCCCAGUGACCAAAGCAGUGGCACAUCCUCUCCCCUCUGUGACAGUGGUUUACAUCUCAACUACCACCCCAACAACACGGAUACAUUAUCAUGUUCCUCAUGGCCAGCAUCCCCAGGUCUUAGGUGGGAGAAAAGGUGGUGUGAUCUUCGAUUAAUACCACUUCUUCAUUCACGAUUUUCCCAGUACCUUCCAGGAUCAGAUUUGUGCAGGCAAAAUGCAUUCCAAGUAAUUGCUGUGGAUGGGGUUUGCAGUGGAAUAAUUCAGUGUCUCUCUGCUGAAGACUGUAUUGACUGGCUACAAGCAAUAGCAAGUAACAUUUCCAACCUCACAAAGCACAAUAUUAAAAAAAUCAACAGGAAUUUUCCCAUAAACCAGCAGAUAGUCUACAUGGGCUGGACGGAAGAACGAGAACAAGACUCCCUUCAGGACCGAAUGUACACACCAAAGUUUCUAGCACUGAGGGGAUCUUCCCUGUAUAAAUUUAUAGCACCUCCAGUCACAACCUGGGAUUGGACACGAGCUGAGAAAACAUUUUCAGUUUAUGAGAUAAUGUGCAAAAUUCUCAAGGGCAGUGAUCUACUGGACCGUCGGAAACAUUGCUUCAGUGUCCAGUCUGAGUCUGGAGAAGAUCUUUACUUUUCUGUGGAACUAGAGUCCGACCUAACACUAUGGGAAAAAGCCUUCCAAACAGCAACUUUUUUAGAAGUUGAACGGAUACAGUGCAAGACAUAUGCCUGUGUUUUAGAGAGUCACCUUAUGGGACUUACCAUCGAUUUUAGCAUGGGCUUUGUCUGUUUUGAUGCUGCCACAAAGGCUGUGCUUUGGAGGUACAAGUUUUCCCAGCUCAAAGGUUCUUCAGAUGAUGGGAAGAGCAAAAUCAAAUUUUUGUUCCAAAACCAAGAUACUAAACAAAUUGAAGCGAAGGAGCUGGAGUUUUCUAACCUGUUUGCAGUCCUUCACUGUAUCCACUCAUUCUUUGCAGCCAAAGUGGCUUGUUUGGACCCUUUGUAUGUAGGCAGCCAAGCCACAGCUUCUGCUGCUCCCACAACUUCUGGUACUGGCAAAUUAAAGUAUUCUACUUGAUAUCCCCCAUGACAGCACUGCCACUUAACAACGAGACAUAGAAAUGUAUAAAUAUUCAUAAGAUUUAGACCUUUGGUGAACCAUGUAUGUGGAAACCAAUCCUGGAGGCAAGACAUCUUGCAGCAUCAGCAGAUAAAUGGUCACAUGGGAUCGUAAUUUCAUCUUGGUUCUGCAAGACAUCAGUAAAUAAUCCUAGUCAAAACCCCAGAAUAGGAUGGAUAUGCUUUUAAUAUUAUCUAUUUGUACUUACAUAGUGCUUUAAGCAACACUGGAAGCAAAGGAAUAAAUGGCGAAAUGAAGCACUUGAGUAUUUAAUAAAAUUUUCAAAUUGCUGUAAUAAUACACAAAUGGAAUUGUCAUUCUCCUGUUUUCAGAUUUUUUUAAUGACAAUAUACUAAACUCUGAGUAUGAACAUGAUGCCCUAUCAUUAUAUUAUAAGUGAGAGCAAGCAGCAAGCGUACAGUACAUGGUGACAAAGGAGAUAAGCAUGAAAAGGCAGUUGUGUAAGUAUCUCCUCAAACAAGAAAGCACUUUAGCACUGUUGUAAAUUCAUACUUGUGUUCAUACAUGGAGUCAUGCUACUUUUUCCAUUUUGUUCUCUCCAUCUAACAGUAACAACAGCAAAGAUAUAGCCAUACUGGACUGAUACAUUAAAAACAAAACAAAACAAACAAGCCACAAAAAGAAAAAACACUUUUUCAUGGGUAAGUCCCACUUCUUCAAGUAAAAAUAGCGGCAUAUGGAUUUAGUUUUAAUUAUAAAUUUAAUGCAACUACAAAAAAUAUUGUGUCACCUAUUUACAUCCUCUUUUUUUUGUCAAUUGUUAAAUAUUGUAAAUCUAACAGUCUUUGUUCACAAGGUUUUGAAAUUGUUUCAGAGACCACCCACCUAAUACAUUGUUUCCAUCAUUAUCAUUUCACAUCAUAAGUAGAACUUUUGUUCCACUCAAACUCUCAACAAAUAGACAUUUUACAUUAUUCUUGAAAAAUUAUUUUACCCUUUGAAUUCUUAAUAAAUUACUUAUAUAUAUAUAGAUAGUAAAAGACAGGAAUAAAUUGAAUAAGCUACAGAGAAUACAUUACAGAAUGCAUAAUUUAUUUGCUUUUUAAGACCAUUGUAUCAGUCUGGAUUGAGUUCUAGUUCCAGAGUAUCAUUUAAUGAUGAAAUAUGAAGGACUCGUAAAUUUAAAAUUAACAACUUUGUUUAAUUGCAAUUUUGCAAUAUAAUUUAAUUUUGAGCUGUGACACACACCAGUAAAGAUGAUGGAAAAAAGGUGUACAUUUUCAGUAGUAGUUUGUGAGGUUUCUGUUUAUUGUAUUGAAAUCAAAACUACCUUUUUUUCCCCCUCCACUUAAACUUGUAGUAACACUUACGAGAUAGGGCCACCAUCUUCCUUGUUUAGCAAAAAGAGUAAUUCUGUCACAUCCCUUUCUAUGUAUUAUGAUUAAUACUUCAGAAGUGAAGCCAGAGGAGAGCUUAUCCAAACGGGAACAAUUUAAAAUGCAAGGCAGGGACAAAAGAUGAAUGAAAUGUAGGAGCAAAUAAUGUCUCUGUUUUUUGCUUUGCAUUAGAAAUAUGCGGAUUUACAUGUGUGAGAAUAACAUUGCUUUGAAAUAUAGUUGAUCUAACUUGAUAUUAGUUCCAAAUAAUCUGAAAAUGUUUGGGGGAGGGCAACUCUUUUAUCAUUUUGAAAUGUCUUUUGGUACACACAUACUUUCUACAAGUACACCUCCAAGGGCUACACAUUUAUUUUCCAUCCUAAAUUCAGUGGAAUGAUGCAACAAUCCAGGUAUUCAAUACUCUAAGUGUCAUCAAAAUCCAACAUUUUCAUAGACAUCAUCAUGAACUUUUUUAUAAGAAUUGUCCCUAAAUAAGGGGGUCACAUCUGAAGGACAGAUAAAACUACCAUGGCUGUCCAUAGGAUCUUGAGCUUGCUCUUGACACAAACCCCAGAUAUUUUGAAUCUAAAGCUGUAACCAUUUUAGAGGUUUAACAAUGGUAACUCAGGCAUUGUCCUCAUCUAGAAAGCAUAUACCAGAAACACAAAUUUUGGCAGAGCGUUGAUAGUACUGAAAACAGAAGCCUGAUAUUCUUGAAUGACAGUUUUUAGUGCUCCCAUAUCAUCUCCUUCCUUUCACUGCACUGCUGUGGCAUUCAGCUGUCACAAUGUGGCCAUGCGCUAACACCUCAGUAAAUGCUCUGCUGGCAAUAGCAGACUCUAGAACUGGUCAGCUGCCGGUUCAAUGUUCUUCCUUCCACAGUUCAUGUUAUGUGCAGUUGCAUCACUGAAUCUGAGGGGUGUUUAAAAGACAUGCUUGAAUGAGCGUAGCAUUAACCCAUACCAGCACAAAGUAUUGUCAAAGUCAUUGCAAAUUUCUGUAGAUGAAGGAAUUGCAUUAUAUGAAAGCCCUCCGCAAAAAUUUAGACAAAAAUGCUCAUUGUGCAGAAAGGAGCUAAUGACAUGAACUUUUGUGACCCCACCAGGCUACCCUGAAUAUCUGUAUCAAGAAUUCUGUUUGUAGAAUACCUGUGUUCAUCACUGAGACUUUUGCAGCUGGGCAUUAAAUAUAAAACAUUUAAGAAAUGCAUUAGCCUGUAAACUGGGGUUUACAGGCUAAACUGGUAGAGCUUCAUCAAUACUUUUAUUUUCAAGAAGAAAAGUGUUAUUGAGAGAAUAUAAGAUGUCAUAACUUUGUUUGCAGCUCAGUGUUGAUUUGUAAAUACAGCAGGCAUUUUUGCAGUGCCCUCACAGAAUUAGAGGUGACUCUGCUUCCAACCUUGCCCUUGUAGAGCAACUUGGUCAGAAAUUCAGUCUUGAACCAAAGAUGCAAAAUUUUAAACUCUGUGUUAUAACUAAUCCUGAAAUACCAAAAUAAAAUGUACAAACGUAUUAAAUGGCUACAUUUUUCAUUUAAAUACCUACAAGAGGUUCCGAUUUAAAGCAUAGUGAACUUCAAAUUCCUAUGUUAAAACUCAGGCUUCAUGUUGCAGCCUGUCAUUUCACACAUAACAUAUCAUGAAUACAAGUAUUUUGUAAGUCAACACAGCCCAUUGACAAUGAAAAAACAGAAUUAUAAUGAGCCAUCAACUUUUGCUAAAAAUCUUUAUGCAAGUGAAAGCAAAUAUUUUAAAAAGAAAGAGCAAACCAACCAACCAACCCAUAGCAUAAUAUGUAAUUUGUUCUCUUUAUGUCACGAUAUUUUCAAGUUUAAUAAAGAAAAUUCUUUAUGGUACUGUGCCUAUGGAAGUGAUGUUAUAUAGUAUACCAAAAAUAUGUACUCUUAAGUAUAAAUAUAUUUGGGUUGAUUUGCUUUGCUUUAUGAUGGGAAUUUUAGAUUAUCUGAUCUUCACAGCACUAAUCAUAUGCUAGGUUAUAAAAGCAUAAUAUUAUUAUGAAACUGUUACCAAUUUGAAUAUAUUUUAUUCUUUAUUUCAUCAGUAAAUCAAUAUGUUUCAUUUCCUACAUAUUUUUAAAAAUAACAGUUACAGAUUUUCAAGAGAGCUUUGCGUUCCAGUAGCACAAAGGCACCUUUGAAAUAAAAAUCAGCAUAUUUUUUAGCUGUUGGUCAUUUUAUUAUGUUAAUUAAGUGCAACAAGAACUUUGUGGAGAAGAGCUAGUUGUAAGUGGGUUGUUUUUUAAAACCAAUCAUUUAAAGUUUAAAAAUCAUUUAAAGAAUGCAAAUAAAUAAUAUACAGCAUCAAUAUGCUUUGAGAAAAGAAUAAUGAAAAAUCUUAUUUUCUAAAUUAGUUCUUGAUUCCACAGUAUUAUAUUUAUUUAUUUUAAAAGUGGCAUCUUAUCAGAACACCUCAAAGUGCACAGUUAAACGUGUAGUUGUCAACACUGCAGCCUGUUACUUUAAAAGGAAUUUGGUUUAUUCAAUGCCUUAAGAUGUUUCUUGUAUCAGACAAAAUGUUUAAAAAGGCUUAAGAUCUUGAGAAUGUACAAGUGUUGACCUUAGAAAUUCAGAUCAAUUUUCAUUCUUUCUUGGCAAUUCCAAGAAAGCUUUCGGAAAUUUUUUUAAUAUUGAAAACGCUAGUCACUGCAUUUCACUUUCCAUUUCUUUAUGUGAUGGUUUGGUCUCUGAAAACGUGUAGUGUCUGAAAAGAAGUUAAAGCUGAUUUUUAGAAGUUCUGUCUCAGGCGGUUAGGAGUCCGAGCUUAAGACGCUCACCUCUGACCAGUUCAAUAUGAUGGGAAACAUGAAAGACUCACUCAAGUUCCCAAAAUUCAAGUACCUGUCUUAGAUGCCUGAGGUUGCACUUGAAGCACUUCAAAAGGGAAAUACAAGAUGAGAAUGUAGCUUAAGAUCUCUGAAGGUGCACACAUAUGCGUCUCUCUCUCUCUGUUUCUCUAAGGAACUAGAUGUGCUUCUACUUUAGUGUUUUCAUUUUAUCACAAAUGUGCUUUUUAAGCCAGGCUCCUGCCUAAAGCCAGUCAUGCAAUUCUUCUUAUCACAGAGCAGUCUUUAAGCACAUGAGCUGUUUCUUUUAGGAUGACACUAAACAAGCAUCACAUCUAUAUGGGUUCUGGGUCCUGAUGCACUUUCAGACCAUGCAGCCCAACUAAAAUGAAUCCAGAGGAAAAACCCCUCUGAGAUGCUAACAGCAAGACUUGCCAGGUUGGGGUGCCAGCAUUUUCUGUGGCUGUAGCAGCUGCUGCUCGUGCACCAUGGAAAAAAAGUUAAAAAGCUGAGCUUCACAGUGUAGCCCACAGGAGCUUAGUGCCUGAAGGGGGAUGCUGUGCUGCAGCAAGGGGCAAAAUGAAGCUGAAAAAGGCUGAUGCUGCCCAGGGCAGGUUAUUCUGCAUCACUUUUUCCCUCACCACACCAGGACAGUAUUGGCUGCAAGCAGGCUACCCCAUGCUGGUCAGCCCUCUCCCUGUGCAUCUUUCUCCCCAUCUGCCACAAACACACACCUGAAUAUUUGCUCUGGGGUCCCCGAGCACACUUCCAUGUUCCCUCACUCCUGUUGCUCAGACAGAUGCAAAACUGUACUUAGCUACAUAAUGGAGCCUCUAAACCUCAUACACUGCCAGGGGACAGUGUUAAGGAUUAUGGCAAGGGCAAAAGAGUGCUUGAGUGUGUGAUUAACUCUCAGGUUAUAGCAAAUAAAGUCAUAUCUGUGCUUAAGUGCUUUCCUGACUUGGAGGGUUCUUAGGUGGAAAUUUUUUUUAUUUUCCUGGAAUAAGUUCUGUAAUGUCAACAUAUUUCUACUUGCUUGGCUCAAUUUUCAGAAAGUUUAGCAGAGACAGUGGUUCAUAUCCUCUUGGAAUCAUAAAGAAAAAUACAUAGGAAUACUGGAAUAAAAAGAAAUUUCUGUUCAGAUUCUGUAUAUUAUUACAGUACAUUACAUAAUCUAUUGAAAUAUAUUGAAUAAUGUAAAAAAAAAUGCUUUCAUUUACAUUUCCUUGUCAAUUUUUGCCAUGGUAUACAUGCCUUCCACUUUCAACAACUUUCUCCACAGGAAUCCCAGCUGUUAUAGAAAUUCUUUCACUGUUCUUUUACUGUUCAGUAUAUGCUAAUAUAUAAUGCAAUGAGUGUGUGUGUGUGUGUGUGUGGAUGUGUGUGUGUGUGUGUGUGUGAGUCUAUAUAUUAGUAUAUACUAAUGGAAUAUAUUCAGUAUAUAUUAAUGAAAGUUACAUAUUAGGCACAACUGUAAAACAGAAGCAUACAUCCAUGAAGCUUUACAUUUAAAAACCUAUAAUACUAUAAAGAAACAUAUGUAUAUUAGUUGAAGAAAUGGCUAUUUUUGCAGGGUAUGCACAAUCUGGAUAUAUGAUAAUAAAUUGAUAAACAUUAACAAAUCUAUUAUUUCAUACCUCCAGGAACUUAGGGUUUUUUUAAUUAUUCUUAUUCCUUUAGCAUAUUUGCAAUAUAUGUCAUAAAUUUUAAUUUGUUAUGGAUAAAAAUGACUGAAAAAAUGUAAUAGAAAGUGCUAUAUAUUUUAUAAAUAUUAAAAAAAUAAGAACAGCUAUUCAAAUUAUUUAUUUCAUUUUUAGUUAAGGUUUUGUGAUUGUUUGUAAUAUGUAUUUGUGAAAAGCAUAAGUCACCUAGUUGUUUAAGCUCAUUAAUGUACCACUAAUAAAAUGCUAUCUUCUGUUUUGUUUUUGUUAUGCUUCUUUUUGUAAUGGAACAUAACAGAAAAAAUAGAAAAUAAAUACUUUUUUAACUAA